AAGUGUGGAAGAGCUGCAGCCAGGCAGGAUAGAUGGCACGUGUUGAUUUUCAACAGCUGUGCAUGUGUCUGGUGAUUUCCUAAGAGAAGAUACAAGCCUAUGUGCAAUCUCCUUCAUGUGAGCAAGACACACAUAGCCACAGCUCUGUGAAGGACAUCCAGUGAGAACCACCAUGAGGAACAAACAGUGGCUCCAGAAUAUUUUCUUCUGCCUUUUUUUCCAGUACGCUUUGUGCUGUGAAAGCCUCACUUGUUUUGUGGACUAUGUACAGACCCUGUCCUGUAUCCUGCGAGACGAGUUGGGUGGCGGUUCAUACAACCUCACUGCAACAUGGUUUCCUGAGGAAGAUCCAGAAAAUACUGUGGCUGCCUGCAGUCUCUUGCAAUUGUCAGGGAACAGCAGUCACACACAGUACAUGUGCACUGUGGACAUGACUGAACUCCUGGCAGAUACCAAAGUCCAGGUGGAUGUCACAGAGAUAGCUGAUAGGCACCAUGUGCUUUCCAAAGAUUUUUAUUUGUCAGACAACAUAAAACCACAGCCUCCAUUCAACCUGAACGCUUUGUUCUCAGAGGGUUACAAUAUUUCUUGGGAAACCAUCUAUCAGAACUCUUCCUUUUAUUUUUUGAAUGAGGAGCUGGAAUAUCAGCUGCGUUACAAAAGAAGAACUGACACCUGGGAGACUCAGAAGACUAAAGCUGUUCAUGAAGAUAAACGGACAUUGGUGAUCCUGCCAUGGGAACUACAGGCGAACACUGAGUACGAGUUCCAAGUGAGAGCUAGACCCCAGGAAGACAGUGGCUAUGGUGGUUUUUGGAGUGAAUGGAGUUCUCCGCUGUUACUGAAAACCAGCCCUGCCACAGUGACACAGACAGCCCAUGGCAUGGAAUGGCUGUUGCUGUUUGGUAUUGUCGUGGCAAUCAUAGCCUCAAUCACAACAUUUCUGGCCAAACAGCAGAGCUUGUGGAAGAAGAUGGCUUGCAUCCCAGACCCUGCUCCCUUUUUCAACCCUCUUUACAUGGCUCAUAAUGGAGAUUUUAAGAAGUGGGUUGGUGCAUCCCAUAUGAAAAUGACCUUUGAUUUCUUUGAAUGGGGAAUAGUCCUUCCAGAAGUCCUAGAAGUUUACACCAUGCAUCCUUCCAACAGCACCCCACAGGAAGAGCUGCAUGAGCUGAGAAAGAAUCUGCCUUGCAAGCCCUGUGCAUCUUGCCUGACUGCCCCAGGUCAUGGCAGCCAGCCCCUGUGGUGUAGUGUAAACAGUAGUGGCAGGACUGAGGACCAGUCAUACGGGCACUUGUCAAUCGAUACAGUGACUGUGGCUGAUGAAUUUACAUCUUGUAACUGCCAGUGCAGCUGUAACCAUGUGAACAGGGAACAUGAGCAUGCCAACAAGGAAGAUGAUAGUGCUGGAGAGCCUGGUUACCCCAAGGUUGACAUUGAUGAGGAAGACAGAAAGAUAUCCAGUGACUUGCAUUUGGCUGAUCUGAGUUCACAGGACAAAAUACUUGCUUCAGGCUCUGUGUCCAUAGACCGCCUGAGGAGCCCAGUCAAUCAGCAAGGGGAAAGGGGAGUGGAAGGAAGGGUGGGGAACAUCCUAGAAGCCCUUUGCUUGCAGACUCAUCAGUGGGAUUUGGAAAAUCCAGGUUCUCUACCUUCUCCUGAUGGUGAAAGUGUUUCUAACAGUGAAGGCUUCUAUGACUUCUUCCCUCACAGUACAAGGCCUGGUGACAGUUAUCCUUUGAUCUGUGUAGAUUUGGACACUAUUGACAGUGGCUUUGUGGACUCAGACUGUGGAAGUCCAGUUGACUCUGAAUUUGGGCAAAACAGUCAGACCGUUUGUGCACCCAUCCCUCUCGAGCAGGAGGAGCAAGACUUUCCACGGAGCUAUGUCAAGCAGUGGGUCUCCUGUCACUCUGAGAGCCCUCUCAGUGGGACACAGACAAACUAAGGACUUUGAUGUUGCCUGGAUGAGUGUGGGGCCUUUUCCAUAGUGUGCCAGGAGUGAAGUGUUAGCAAAAUUCAGAAGA